UUCCCCUGCCGUCGCUAGAAUCCGCGCCCGGAAGUGUCCGGCCGGACAGUGCUGUAGAUGGAGAAAAGUUCCGGGGAAUGUUUAGUUCCGGGGGCGCUUCUGCAUGAGCCGCGGCUGCCGCCGCCGCCGCCUCCUCGGCUGCAACAAUGAUCCCGAUCCCGGUGGUGGUGUGCGUACUGGGGGGCUGGUGCGCCAUCUACCUGGCGGAUACGCUGCUUAAGUCUGUAUUAGGUAUUUGGAGACAAACAUGACUGUUUUGAAACGUGUUAGAAGAUUGUCUGAAUAAAGGAAAACAAGGUCCUGAAUAUGGUGAGACACACCAAAAGUCACCAGAAAGUCAUCCAGCUCUUUGAAAGCAUCUUAUGAAGACUGGCUGCUGACAUAUGGCUUGAGUGUCUCUCCUUUUCACAUGCGAUGGCAAACUGCUCUCUUCAACCGCCAGUUCUACAAUUGGGGGCGAUGGAAACCCAGAUUUCUUUAUCUAUGGUUCAGCAUAGGAAUGGUGUUUGGUAUAGCUGCCAUGUUUGGAUCUGUUAUUCUUCUUGGAAAAACACUGAUGCAAACACUGACACAGAUGCUAACUGAGGCCCCAAAAGCCCAGAAUGACCGUAUGCUGCAAGUUGUGGUGCCUGGUGUAAAUUUGCCUGUCAGCCAGCUGACCUAUUUCUUCUCUGCAAUCCUCAUCAGUGGUGUGAUACAUGAAGUCGGCCAUGGGGUGGCAGCUAUUCGAGAACAAGUACGAUUUAAUGGAUUUGGGAUUUUUAUCUUCAUUGUCUAUCCUGGAGCAUUUGUUGACCUCUUCACAACUCACUUGCAAGUUAUAUCUCCAGUCCAGCAAUUAAGGAUAUUUUGUGCAGGAGUGUGGCAUAACUUCGUUCUUGGUGUUGCAAGUCUUACGGUUUUGUUUCUGCUACCAGCUAUUCUUUUCCCUUUCUAUUACACGGGUGUUGGGGCACUUAUCACAGAAGUCACGGAGGAUUCUCCUGCCAAUGGACCAAGAGGUCUUUUCGUGGGAGAUCUUGUCACUAGCCUACAAGACUGUCCAGUUUAUAGUGUGGAAGACUGGAAUUCCUGUCUGGGAGACCUUUCACAGAAGUCACAGAUUGGCUACUGUAUAAAUGCAGCAACCCUACAGCAGUUGAGUUUUCCAGCUAGAGUCUACAGAAGACUCGAUGGCACAGUUGAAUGUUGUAGUAACAACAGCCUCACAGACAUUUGCUUUUCAUACAGUAAUAACUUGGACAGCCACUUGUAUGCCUGUCUGCCAGCACGAAAAGUUAUUGAGGCCAGCCAAGUUUGUCGAACGAACAUGGACUGCCAGAAGGACUUUGUUCCGAGCUUGUGUGUGACUCCUUCUUUAGAAAACCAAACAAGGCUAAUCAGGGUAAAACAUCCACCUCAUAUUGACAUGUUAUUUGUAGGACACCCCAUGCAUCUCCAGUACACAGUAAGUCUCAGCAGUUUUGUACCACGACAUAACUUUCUGAGCAUUGAUCUGCCUGUGGUGAUAGAGACAUUUUGCAAGUACCUAAUUUCACUGUCAGGAGCAUUGGCAGUUAUCAAUGCUGUACCCUGCUUUGCUUUGGAUGGUCAGUGGAUAUUAAAUUCUUUCCUGGAAGCCACUCUGAGCUCACUGAUUGUAGAAAAGCAAAACAGAGAGCUUGUUGGCUUUUUAAUUUUACUGGCUGGCAGUGCACUUUUGGCUGCCAAUGUUGCACUAGGACUUUGGAUGGUGACAGCACGGUAGAACAUUGGAUAUGCUUCCAUCAGUUAUCAAAGUACACAAAAAUAAUGGAUCUAUUGCCUUUCAAAACUUGGUCAGUACUGAGAUUGAAAUAAUUCCCUUAGAAUGACACUGGAAGAACAAUCACUCCUGGCUGCUGUUUUAACUUAAGUCUGUACAAUGUUGUACCUGUGAUCAUGGAAAAACUGAAAGAAACAAGUAAGAACCUUUUUAUGUACUCUUUUAAAGCGCUGUACUAAUUUUGGAGAAGUUGCAUUGUAACACUUCACAGGAAAAAAGCCUAAAGCUUUGUUAAUCUAGAUUCCAAAAUAAGGGAAUUAUUUGGCCUCAAACACUUGUAAAGUGGGAGGAGAAAACAGUUUUCUUUUAAAGUUUGAAUAAUUGUCAAAUAGUCAUUGUGGGAUCUGACCAUUUUUCAAUCAGCAUAGUCUUGAGUGUCUUGUUUUGUUUUUUUAACCUAGUGAUCUACCAAACAGGACUCUAAGAAACCUUAAAGUCUGAGCUCAUCUUAAAAUGGUGAAAAGCUGAGUAAAUGAUAACCAUGUCUUAAUGAGGAGAGAGACACCAUAUGGGUUAGUAUCUUUCCAGCUGGCCAAUAUGCCUGGAAGGACGUUGUUCUCAGGAUAUAGAUGAGAAGUGCCAAUGUCUGUUGAGAAUGCGGUAUGUGGAGGAUAACAAAGCCCACGUCUGUGUUUCUUAAACAUUCAGUGGUGUAUUACUAUACACAGCUGAAGAUUUUUAAAGGCAAUAUUUUUCAGCAAUAGCUAGAAAAUAAACUGAAAUUAUAGUUUCUGAGUGCUGAAGUAUGCUGUGCAAAAUUAUUCCUAAGUGAUAAUGUUUGUAUUUUUUUAUUCAGAAGAUAAUACUGUUUACAGUUAAUGGUGAAACCUGUUGGUGUUUUUCGUGCCCAUCCUCUGCUGCUAUGCAUGCAAUACAGUUUAUGUACAGUAACUCACUGACAUCGGUCUUUCAAAGAGUUGUUUUCCUUUGCUAGAAUUCAUUCUAAUUGAAGAUGUUUAGUUGAAGGUGCUCUUGUAUCAGAACUGUUUAGAAAAAGAAUUUGAAUGUGAAAUGAACUAUUUUAACAUUUGGCUUUUGCUUUCUAAAAUGAAUAUGGACCAUAUCCUUGUUAAAUGAACAAUGAACUCAAGUACAAUCAGUAUUUUGCUGACUGAAGUAUGCCUGACAUACUCUGAAACCCUUUUAAGUAUGUAAUAUUUUGUACCUCAGUAGGGUUAUAUACUGACUGUCAUGUACUCCUGUGACAUAUUGCCUAGUUUAUAUAAAUCAAAUUCAUUCAGAUGUUUGUCUUAAUGCAGGAUGAUAUUCUCAAUCCAAAAAAAAAAAAAAAGCUGCAAUUUGGGAGCCUAAAUAUUUGAAUUAGGGAAAUUUUGAAAAAUAUUUAGCAAUUUCCAUCUCGUACAGUGCUUCCAAUCGGAGCUGUUUCAGUUCAGAGUUCUUUUGAAGAAAUGGCAUUUUCAUUCAGGAACUUAAGUGGAAGCUGGAAGCUGAGAUUGUGAAGAGUGGCCUGCAAAGAGCAAUGAAGCACUCAUGUGAAGCACUCAUGAUCAGCUAAUAUAGAUUCUCUUGGAGCUAGGGGUAAAAGCCUGUGUAAUUUUACCAGCAGGGUUGAGCCCUGUUCCUGGUGCUACUGCAUGGACUCGCAACUCUGAUGUUUGCAUAUGCCCAUUGAUUUUUGCACAGUAGCCUUCACACUUACGAUGACUGUAAAAUGUUAACUUGGUUUAGGAAGUGUUUUCUCUUAAGAUGAUAUAAGCAGGAAUGAGAGAACAUGUUUGUUUAUUUGUUGUUUUAUUAGUUUAUUUAUCUCUCCAGUGCUGUCACAGGCUUGGCCUCCUGAAGUUCACUGAUGUGGGGUAGCAGCCCCUUGCCUCUGAUUUUCAGUCAUGUCAGCCUGGGCAUGUUGGCACAGAUCCUCGUAAGAGAGAGUAAGUUAUCCAGUCAGUCUAGCAUGAGUCAGUCCCUUUGGGAACUGUUAAAAGUUGCAAAAAACAAGAAAGGAAAAAUAAACUACCGAAAACUGCCAGAAGGCUUCUCUUUCUUCAGGAGGCAUCUGGCAAGUCUAAUUCAUCACUCGUACAGUGAACUUAACAGAAAUUUCAGAGUAACGGCUCUCGUGUGCCAUUCUUCUAUCUCUCUGUGGACAAAAGUGACGUGAGCAGCAUGGCUCUUUCAUGAGGCCUAGCUCUGAAGCUGUGCUCUGGAAGUCUAUUCACUCACCUAAGUGGCUGCUCACUAAUCUAAACUCAUCCUUUCCAGGGCAUUGUGCCACUUUCCUCCGUCUCCAUAUCUUGUCCAGGCUACACUGCACAGAAUGAACUUGCAUUUAGGAGGUUUAAUGCAAUUUAGUAAGACAGCAUAUUCAGUUUUCGAAAAGGCUGCAGUCCUCUUUUUUUUUAUCUAAAGAAACCACAAAUGCAUCUGGUAGUUUCACAAAUAUUUUGUGAAAAACAUUUAAAGUUUGAUACAUUAUAUAUUCAGGUUGGCUCCAGCAGCAUGGGGCAAUCUGUUUAGCAUAACAUUCCCUCUGGAGAUGUAAGCAAGAUAUUUGAAAAACAAAAUUCCUUUGGAAUAACAUACACAAGUUCUAUCCGUUAUAAUAAGGCUGAUAGGUUGUUCCUGGUUAUUUAAUGUUCUACCAAAACUUGAUGUUUUACCAAAGCAAAAUAAAUCCAAUUUAUUUAUGUAAUCAAUUAAGACCAAACUUGUACUAAGCAGAAUGUCAAUGUCUGUUUGACAUUAUAAUGAAAUUGAGGCUGGAGAAAAUGGUGGUGAUGGUUUUAGCCAAACACACUAGUAUACUGUAAAGACCCUAGUUAACUUCCAUGGGGCAGAUAGUACUAUAAGUGUUUAAAAAUAAUUCAUGGGUCCGUUCCUACAUGUGCUGGUUUUCUACUGAAUAAGGUUAGAUUUAGGUAUGUACAGGUACUCUGAACUGAAGCUUUAAGCAAACUGCGAUCACUCAAUGCUCUUUGUUUAAAAGGAGACUCAGCAUGUAUCUUAGAUUACCUAUGGAUGAAGGUAAUUCUUAACCUGGACCACUUUCUGAAGAAAAAGCUUUUCAGUGGAUCAGCUCUAUUCUUCUGUGAUCCUAACCUAUGGAUCACAUGCUGAUAAGCAAGUGCCAUUUUUCACUAUAUAUAGCUAUUAGGAGGUUUUUUCUUUUUUUUGUUUGUUUGCUUGCUUGCUUAUCUGUUUAGCAACAGAGAACACAGAAGGCCAUAGAAUAUUUUCUGUAUGUUGGAUUUUUACUCUGGAAUAUUUGCAAUGUUCGUCCUAUUUUAAUUAUUGUAAAAAUUAAAGAAAUCUUUCUUUAAAAUGAAACCUUUUCACUUUUCAUUCUAAUUAGCCCUUAGAAUAUAAUGUAUUCUUUAAUAGAGAUUCCAUCAAUAUAAUUACAGGGCACAUUGACUGGAGUGUAAAAUAGAACGCUCUUAGAGUUUAUGUGAAUACUACUAUCUUUAUAUAUUCUAUGCAUUUUAAACAAAUUAAAUCAGAUGGAAAAAGUAAUGUCUAACAUUGGGAAGUGGUGUAUGUAGCUUUUACUUGAAAAUUGUCAGAAGAUUUCCAUACUUGUAAACGAUCAUUAUUCUGAUUCAUUUUUUUAACAAGAGGUUCACUUUUUUUUCUAUCAGCAAAUACUUCUGUAGCAUAUUAUGAUAAUGUAUUGCAUGAAAUGAAGAAUGAUAAAUUCUUAGGAUAUAGGAUCUUACAUGCUCUUUUCUAACUUAGGUGGUUAAAACUGGCUUGCUUCCUUAUAAGUUGAAUAAAAAAGACUUCACUAGGGAAAGUAUGAAUGAGCCUUGUAGAUUAGUUAUUCCAAAUUUAUAAGCCUGAGUAGAAAUUGUGUUAACUCAUCCUUUUUAAUUAGAAUGAAACAACCGAUUGUAUUGGCAAUUAUAUUUUUCAGUGAUGAUCCUGUGUGUGCAUGUGUGUGUGCGUGCAUGUGUAUGUAUGUUUGUGGGUGUACACACACACACACACACACGCAUACAUAUAUGCACACAGAGCCUGUGUUGCUGCUUAUCUAGAGAAAAGUUAGAGCAGUCCUCCAUACUCUGGAAUGUAGGGUUUUGCCGGGGGGUUGUUUUUGUUUUUUUUCUUACAUAUAAAUUCUAUGGCUUUCUGGCUUUCUCUGGAAUUUUAAAAUUGCAGCUUUGUUCCAUAAGUGAUCUGUAGAGAUCUUUUUAAUAGAAGAGAACUGAUGGACGUAAUAUAACUACAGCUGCAUGAGUUUUGUUCAGCUAAUGAUGAACAUAUCCUACUGUCUGUGAGACCUCUAGUGUAAGGAUGCUAAACACAGAUUUUUAGGGUGAUUAAAAGAGGUUGACUGUAGAAUCUCUCACUCUCUAAAUCCUGAUGUUUGUGCUAUUCUGAAUGAUAAUUGAGAUGAGUGAGACUGAGGAGAAUAUGCUGAAGGAAAUAAUGCUUUCAGCACAGACCUUCCCAUGGCAGCGUGUUUCAGCUUUGACUGCUUUGUUAAAGGAUAUAUUUUUGUUCUGUUUAAACAGCCAACAAUCGAAGUAUCACAAUAGAUUCCUAUAUAUCUUAACAGGAUGACAAAGGGUGCCUUGUAAUGAAAAAAUACUAUUUAAUAAAAUCUGUAUGUCUUCUAUCUGAAAGAUCUGAAUUUGUAUCUGGAUGUCAUCUAUGACAGUUAAAGAAGGGAUAUAAAGGAUUAUGUAGCCUAGUCCGUUUUUAGAAGUUGUGAUUAUAACUAUAGAAAUUAAUAGUUAUUUGUAAAAUAUGCAUUCUACACACUGAUAUUCAGACCAGUUCCCACAACCAGUCUUUUCUUGGCUUUAUGCUGGUGACCUUGUGACUAAGGAAGUUGAAUCUAACUCAGGUUGGAUCUAAUAUAAGCAGUUAUUUUAUAGCCUUUUUAUUCUGGACAGCAUGUGACACUAUAUAUAGUUUUGUUACUUAAUAUGGCUGAGUUAUUUGUGGUACGUAUCCUGUAUUAAUGAAGCAUUUGAGAAGCAUUAUAUUAGGCACUGUCAGAAAACAGCAACUCUGUGACUCUUUCUUAUGCCUUGGACACAUCCACUACCAUCGCGUGAAGAACCUUCACACUGCUGACCCAAUGUGAAAGGACAGGAACAAAGAGCAGGAUAUGACACUGCAGUUCCAUUCAUUCCAUUUACAUCGGCAUGAAAUGUGAAAAGAACUUGUAACUAACAUUUCAGAGCAUGCAGAUAUGUUUUCCUACACUACUAAAUCAUUCAGUGAUUGGUGCUCAAACUUUUUUUACUUUGCUGUUCCAUUGAUAUAUAUAUGUACUGAACAAAUGGUUUGGGUAGUCAUAACUUGUUUAAUAAAAUGAACUUGGAUAUUUCCCACCUCUAGCUGCUCACUCUUGGGUUUGUUUGUGCAGCAUCAUACUGUAAUUGACCUUCGCUUAAUAUUAGUUUGAAUGUUUAGAAGCUAUUAACAAGCCAUCACCAGAGAAAUGUAAUUUCUUCCUUCCUGAGUGGUCUUAAUAUUUGUAAUUCCUCUUUUCUUAUAUAACUUUGUUUUUAGAUAUCAGAUGCUCAGAUGAUCUUAUAUUUAAUGGAAUUUGUAUUGUUUUGAAAUUCAGUGUUUUUUCCUCUACAUAGCCCCCCCCCCCUUUUUUUUUUAUGUUUACACUGACUCACAGCUGUGGAAUGUUAGAAUUCUAGACUCUUUGUUCCCACUAUGCAUUGUUCGUGAUCACGUUAGAGAAAAAAAAAAAACCUUCAUUUUGAAAAUGUCAGCUAACAAAUAUAUGGAGCACUUUGAAUAAUGUAUUGUGUUUUUGUCAUGCUUUUUUUCUCUCACUAUUUAAUCAGCCAAACAAUAAGUAUUGUUUUCUAUGUAUGAUAAGUGUAUCCUGCAAAUAAAUUCAUUGUCUGAUUGUUAA